AUGGAUAAAACCUUCUUGCUCAAAGGUGAACAGCAAGUUCCAGCAAACAACUAAAUCUCAACAAAGAAAAAUAUUCUUCAUAAUGUUGCAGCCUUCUCAAUUGGAGUAGCAUUAACUUACGCUUUGUUCUCAGAGCCAUCAACAUCAGUCAUAGAUGGAGUUGAUGAUACUCAAUCACUCUGGUUGGUAGAGCCAAAGAAUAAGUUUGAAUGGAAUGAAACAAAUGCUCUUGAUUGGAGCCAAACCAGUCACUUUGUUGAUAUUUCAACUUCUCCAAAUGGAGAUCUAUAUGGAAUGCAACAGUAUGGAGUAGAUACAAACACUUAUAGAUUCGGCUAUAGAUUUAACUUUGUUAACGGAAACUGGCUAUCAUUUGACGAUGACUUACAGAUAAAAGAUAUCAAGUUUGACAAGAUUGGAAAUUUCUAUGUCCUUGAUAUUCAAAACUAAUUAUAUGCAAAGAAUUCAAAGAGUACUGUCCUCUUGAAGAACAUUCAAGACUUUGAAGUUACUUCAUAAGGUGAUGUUUAUGCAAUCUCAUCAACAGUAAAAGAGUCGAACUCUUAAUAACAACUAAACGUUUGGAUUUCAGGAAGUGGCUUCCAGUACAAGCUAUUUUCACCAACAGUGUUCUCAAAGCUUGCCUUGAAAGAUGAGAUCCCCAUCUACGUUGAUGUUAAUGGAGUCACAGUUGGUUACGGAGAUCAAUGUGUUAAAGAUAUUGCAGUCGGUGUUGACGGUAGUGUCUGGGCUCUAAGUUGCACAAAGAAUGAAAAAUCAGCCGACUACCAACUUAUCAAGUGGGAUCCAUUCACACUCUAAUGGUAUGAUGUGGUAGAUUCCUUUGGAGUAAAGAUUGCUGCUUAUAAUGAAAUAUCCAUAUCCGUUCUUGAUUCCUUUGGAAGAAUUAGAUUCUCAUCAGCAAAGGAUAGAUACUAAAAUGUUAAAUAUUACGAGCAAAAAGUUAACACUUAACUCUUUAAUGGUUCAUAAAUUUUAAAGGAUGGCAACUUGGCUUACGUUCAAAGCCUUUUAUAGGAUAAAUACUCAAUUUCAACACUUUGCUAUAGAGCAAGCUAAAAUGGAUUCACAGCUUAGCAAUUCCACACAGCUUGUGAUUUCAAAGGACCUACUAUUACAAUCAUUAAGGCAACAACUGGAAAGAUUGGAGGAGGAUACACUUCCCAAUCAUGGAAAAGUGUGAACAAUUAUGUUGUUGACAAAGAAGCAUUCUUAUUCUCAGCUGAUAACUAAGUCUAAAUACUAAGUGAAGGAGGAAGUAACGCUAUCUAUGAUAACAAUGGCUAUGGUCCUACUUUUGGAGGUGGUCACGAUCUUCAUGUUGCAACUGGAUCAAAUGCAAAUUAGAAUAGUUACACAAAUUUAGGAUACAACUACAAGCGUUCAAACAUUGUUUAUCAAAGCAAUGAGGCAAAAACUUAUCUUUUUGGCGCUUACAAUUAUAUCACCUCAGAGAUUGAAGUUUAUUACCUUAUUUGA